CUUUCAAUCAGUUUAAUAAAGAUUUUUGUAUUGGUGGUUGUCUUUAAUGUGGCUGUUUUUACUGGGGAAAUGCUAGAUGUUUUUCAGUUCACAAUUGUAUUAUUGAACGUUUUAUGACAUAAUUUACUAGUGUUAAAAUUUACCGUGUUAAUUUUUGUACCCAAAAUAGUGGGUCUUCAGUGGCAGUGUGAUUAAAUUGGUAAAAUUUUAGUUUGUGCUUGUGUAAGGAUUUGCUCCGACUCUUCGGCACUUGAUUUCCCCGGUUUUUCUGCGUUCUCCAGGACUCUUAAGAACCAUAUGCUGUAGAGUAUGCUCUUGGAAAAACCUCGACAAGGAGCUCAUUCCAUAACCUGAGUGUUCGUGGGAGGAAACAUCUCUGAAAUCGCGCUGUACGGGUGUGUACAGUGCUAUGUCAGCCAAAUUAUUGUGAUGUGCGCGCGCGGCGACGUGAUGAUCAAUAGCACACUGUCAGCUAUGACGUCAUAGAAGUGGAGAUAUAAUUGUAUUUUGCGGUGUGACCGUGUGAGGUGAGGUGACGGCGCGGGCGAUAGGUCGCGAUGGGCGCGUCGGGCGUCUCUGACGAGUACACGCCGCCGCGUCUCUCGCGGCUGCUCCACUCACUGCCGCACAUUAACGUCACCCUGCACAGGGUGAAUGACACGUUCGCGCCCAAUUCGCCCGUCUACCUCGAGAGCCUGGGCAUCCUCGGUUCAAUACCUGGGGCGUGGUUAAUAUUGACAUUGACAGUACUGCUUAUAUACCUGCUGACGAGAUGCUGCGACAGGAAGCAGCGACCUCCGCGGAGUAUCACUGCUCUCAAGAUAACCCUGAUGAUACUUUCGGUGCUGUGUUGCGGUGCCAUUGGCGUGGGUCUAUUCGGAAAUGAUGACCUCCACAACGCGAUGCUGCAGAGCAUCCAGGCCGGCAACCAGCUGGCUGCGUUGGUCAAUACGGUGAAGAAUCAGUCAAGUAUCCUGGAAGAGACGAUGGGUUCCCGAGCUCGUGCACCCCUCGCUCGUCUCGCCGACGCCCUGGACUUACCGGUGGCCAACCAGACCGCGCUGGGCACGCUGCUCCGAGCUCUCUCCACCUUGAGGAACAACGCCAGCAUCGCGGCUUCCGCUGCUGAUAAUCUGAGGAGGCCACUUGCCGCGCUCAACUUGGAUGCUUUCAUGAAGCGCAUGUGGGUGUGGGAGGCGGCGCGGUGGGCGGGCGGCAUGGCGGGCUGGUGCUGCGGCGGCGCGGUGUGCGUGGCGCUGCUGGCGGCGGCGGCGCGGCGCUCGCGGCGCGCGCUGCUGCUGCUGUGCGUGGGCGCGCUGGGCGCGCUGGUGGCGUGCUGGCUGGCCAGCGCCGUGCUGGCGGCGGGCGCCGUCGCCGCCGCCGACGCUUGCCAGGAGCCCGCCGCUGCGCUCGCGCACCACGCGCGCCACGGCCUGCCCGCCGAUAUGGUGCACUACUACCUGUCGUGUAAGGUUUCUCGCGAGAACGUACUAACAGCGGAGUUACGAGUCGCCCAGCGUGCAGUGGUGGCCGUGCGGCAAGCGCUCGCAGUACUGUCACGCGGCGCGCCGCAACUCUUCAACGAUCCAGGUCUACAGCCAGCUCUAGGCGCGUUGAACGCGGGUACAGGCGAGGCGGAACGCGCACUAGUAUCGCUGUCAGCGGCGCUAGAGUGUCGUACUGCUCGAGCUUCAUUCGUGGCCGGCGCACGCGCAGCCUGUGACGCCGGUCUGCAGGCGCUGACGUUGCAACUACUAGCGGCUGUAGCGGCCGGUUUCCUGUUCACAGCAAUCGUGUUAGUUGACUCACACGCAUGGAUAUAUAUUAACACAAAACGUAGCGGCACCGGUGAGGAGCAAGCACCGUUCUUGUCGAGUGGCGGCAGUAGUGCCGCCAGCCGCACCCUCCCGCGUCCCGCGCCCUUCCCCAACGGCAAGCCGCCUUCAUACAGUGCCGCCGUACAGCUCAUGGACCUCGGAGAGCGCGAGCGACCCAGGUCGCGCAUGUCGGGCAGCGCGACGCUGGGGCGCGGCGCGGGCGGCGGCGGCGGCGGCGGCGGCGGCGGCGCGGCGCUGGGCGGCUCGCACACGCUGGGCCGCGCGCCGCACAACGGCAAGUACGCCACGCUCAGCAAGCAGUGCAAGACGCUCGAGAGCAACGACUUCUACUGAGACCGGCCCGGCGGCGGCGCGCACGUACCCGAACACAACGCAGUUGCAGGACAGGCCGGUCGCGCGACCAGCCUGAAUCGCUUCGACCCGAAGUACGCGUCGUUCGGCCCCCGCGCGCCCCGCCCGCGCCCCGCCGCGCCCAUGCCGUCGCUGGGAACAUUCUCGCCUGCGCCUAUGCCCGCUUCCGCCUCCGCCUCCGCUGCCGCCUCCGUCUCUGCGGAUAAGUACGCCACCGUCCGCCCGCAGCGGCGAGCCGAACCGCAACCGCUAUCCGCUGCAGCGCUUGAAUACCGCUCGCUGCAGCGCCCGCGGCGGCAGCAGCAACCGAACACGGCGACGCAGCACCGCCGGCGACCCGAACGCACGCAACAUCACGACCAACGGGACUUGUACGCCGUCACUGAACUAUAAUGGUGAGAAAAUGUGACAAAAUUAAACAAUCGCCCGCCGUAAUAGAUUUCAUAUUCGAAUAAGCACUUCUAAAUUUUUGAGGUUAACUUCAGAAAAGCAGAAAUUAAUAUAUCAGACUUUAGUCUUACAUUUUAAUUAUAUCUAGUCUAAAGAUAUUGGAACUGGUUACUUCGAUAAUUUUGUAAUUUUGAAUUUCGAAAUCAUGGCGGCGCAUUUGUGAUCGAACGAGACGAUAAUUGAACGAAUGAUGUUUUUGAAAUUGGAAGUCUAUUAGACUUAGUGACCGUUAAGGUCACAACAGAUUGGCUGUAACUUAUGUCCACUCAAAUAUUACUAUGCUAAUCAUAGUAGAACAAUAAGAGUGCACCAUGUACAAUAUGUACGUACAUAUUAUGUAUUAUAAUAUUUAUAAUAUAUUGAUAAAAUGCGUGUUUGGUAGUGAACAAGAUUGAAUGAAUAUGACGUUUGCUUCUCCGAGUCAAAAUGGUCGUAGCCUAUGUUGAGAUUGAUAAGUUGCUCGAAAAUUUAUGCAUUGAAUUUAGGAGAAAUAGAGAAAAAGACGCUCUUUUUUAACUUGUAAAUAUAUUGCAUUGCACAAUAGAUUGUCACGGUUGAAGAAAACGACCUAAUUAACUUUCAUUUGGAAAUUGCUCAAAAUUAAUGAAAUUUUGCGAAAAAAUGCAUUUAAUUUUAUACGAACAACAUGAUUUGAUAUUAUGAAAAUAUUGAAUUUUUUUAAAUAGCACAAACCUACGAUUUUUCUAUGCAUUUUAUAAUUUCGCAGGCCUAGAUUUUAAUAUGCUUAUUUAUGAUAUUUUUAAUGAAAGUUAAUAUUAAAAUUACAAUCUGAUACCCAAAUAUGAAUUGUUAUUUGAAUUGGACAUAAAUUUAACGUGAUUUAAGGGUUGUUGUACACGAUCGAUUUAAAGGAGACAAUUACCAUUUUUAAUCAGGGGUGUCGAAUUUCCAAUUCAAAUCGUAAAAAAUCUGAAUCGUAAUUAUCGAUAGAGUCUGUCACUUACAAAAUGUAACGUCUGUAGUUAUAUUAAGACACAGUAUUGCAGAUACAGUCUUAUAUUUAACUGCAUAAGUCUUGAUAUUUGUUUUCGAAAAGAUUACAAUCUUAUGUUUCAUUUAUUAAUAAUAUACAAUGCACCGUGUGUGUCAACCCUGUUCCCGCGUUGGUAUCGUCUAAAAAUGUAGUCCAUAAAUAAGGCUGUGCGAAAUAAACUGAUGACCAAUAAUUAUAUUCAAUUCAAUAACGUUUUUUCUAAAAAUAUUCUAUAAUCUCUAGAGUGUAUCGUUACUGAUCCUAAUUGUACGUUUUCGACUCUGUUUUUCGCUCAAUGUAGCUAUAAGAACCUCCGAUAUGGUCUAAACGGUUACGGACAACGUUUUGACGUUGUGAAGUUAUUCGAUCGCUUGCUAACACUAAUGGUAGGGUGGAGAGAUGCCAAAAAAGUAGUCAAGUAUGAAUUGUUGGCAAUUUUCAUAAAAAAAAAUAACGUAGUGCGGCUUGGAGCCUCAAAGUAGAGAUUUGUUCUUACUGUACAUGUUUACCUAUACAGUUUACUUGUACAUAUAGAUAUAAAUGAAAACUUAUUGUUUACUAUAAUAUAAUAGUCUUACCUUUGUAUUAUUCAACUGUUUUAUAUUAAUUUGUAUAUGUAUUUAAUAGAAUGGAAAGUCAACACUAAGUUUCACUAAUUUGUUUAGAAUCUCUUUCGGUCUAGCAGUUUAUAUAAUUUUUUUUUUUUAUGUUACUGUACAAAAUGCGAUGGCUCAAGGCGAUUUAACUAGAUAAUAGUAUGGACCUAAUGUAUAUAAUAAGUUCUUUAUAAUACAAUAACUAACUUAUUUUAUUUACAGAUAAUCCAUAAAGUUAAUUGUAAAUAAAAUAAUAUUAAUAAUUAAGCAUUCCAUGAUAUGUGAAUUAGAAGUGGAAUUGGUAGUAAAGCAAUCGUCAUACAAUACAUAACCUUAAAGUGUUGUAAAUAAGGUGCAAAACGAAACUGCCAUUUGACGAGCAAAACUAAACAGAAUGUUUAUAAGUAAAAUUCGUAGUUAUUAAUAUUAAAGGACAAAGUACUGCUCUUGCUAUAACACCACAAAAAAAUGUAAUUGUAAAAUUUUAAUAAUUUCGAUGUGUGAUCAUGAAAAUAACUGUUGACUAAUAAAACAAUUCCCGCCAAAAUUUGACAGGUCGUGUGACAGCUUUUUUUCUUUUUUUUUUGUACUAAAAGUGCGUCUCAGAAAAGAAUAAAGUUUAGAACAAGAUAUGAUUUAUUAUGAUUAUAAACAGAAUCAAAUUAAUAUUAAAUAUAUGGUUUUGAAAUGUAACUUAUAAUAUGUCUAUAUUUCUUACUAUAAUACAUAUCUGACUUAUGGGAGUAAUAUAAUAAAUACAUGAAAUAUUGCUACGAACAUUUUAUGUUAUUUUUUUUUUUAAAAGAAGCUGUUAUUUUCGUGGUCACUCUUAAUCCUUGAUAAUAUAUCGUAUUAGCUGUAUUUAAUAAAGUAGAACAAGAAUUAAGUAUAAUUGGUACCAGUUUUACUCAUACGUGUGAAGCGAACAGUUUUGUAAUUCAGUAUUAUAAAUAGGAAAUUUUGUGAGACUUUACAACGAUAUUCGUACGUUUUUUAUGAUCAAGUAAUACUUUUUUUUCGUCUCUAAGUUUCGAAGUACCGUAAGCAGUGUAUUCGCCAAAGAUAAUGCAUAAUUUUACCUUAAGUACGCCUAUUUAGUGUUAAGAUUACUUUAAGAUACACAUAGAUUAUCAAUGACGGUCAUAUUGCAUAAAUGUAUUAAUAUGAAAUUUUCUAAUCUGUGGUUUGUUAUUUAAUAUAAAAAAAAGUGUAAACAUCGUCAUAGAUGGAUUUUAAUUAUAAAAAUACUAUUUAUUUCUCUUUUUUUUUACAUAAAAAUGCAAUAUGCCGGUCAUAUUUGUAAUUUAUUUUAUUCCAUCUGUACACAGUCAGUUUCACAAGUGUUUUUCCCUUAUGUGAUAUUCGAUAUCGCGCUUACAUCGCAUUCUUUUUUUAAAUCUGUUUUUACAAUUCGAUUUCUGAAUAUCUAUCCAUAAAAUAGACUAAUUGGAGGUAUUUAUGCAGAAAACGCUAAUUUCUUACGGAUAUUCAAUGCCAUGUGACAGUUUUCGGUAUAACUAGCUUCGAUUUAUAUUUAUACAGGUUUAUUUUUGAAAACUUUAAUUUAAAAUUAUUUUCAGUAUCUGGAAAUUCAUUCUACCUUUUUAUUAAUUCAUCCAUCAUUCGCAUUUGGGAUUUUAAAAAUGUUAAACUGAUGAAUUAUAAAUUCGAUUUGAUGCUAGGGUAGCAACUGUCACUUAUUAAAAACGUUACAAAAUUUAUAAACUUUUUAUUUUUUCUUACAUAAUCUAAUAUUUUCUUUGCAUGUGUCUGUGUAUUGUUAUAAAAUAAUACAAAGAGAAGUAUCUACAUAGGAUCCCAAUAGUCACUUCUAAUAUUUUAACUUUUUUUUUUUAUUAAAUAAUCCAAAAUAUGUAUGUUAGACAUUUCAGAAAUCGGAUAUUCUUAGUGACUUAUAUUGCUACAUUAAAAAUCCACUGGAUACCAUGUUAAUAUUGUUUAACUAUUGGACACAGUUCAUAAUCAUAUCGUUACAAAAUGGUUCAUCGAAUUACUUACGGUAUUUUUACCAUUUAACUAAUAUGCAAUAACAAAAUUUAUAUAUCUACUUAAAUAGUAAGUAACACGAUUUUCCAAUGUAAUUAUCGCACAUUUGUAUUUAUAAAUAUACACAGUUGUAAAAUAUAUUACGUAUAAUGAAGGGACAUCCUACGGGCUAAUAUUCUUUUUUUUUAUAUUUUUUUUUUUAUAUUUUGAAUAACAACUAUUAAAAAAGUUACCACACAGGAAUAUAGAUUAAUUUUGAUGUUCAAACUUUUGUAUAAAAAUAGCGCAUGUACAUUAGUGUCACGUCACUAGUCCUUGACUCGCUCAGUGUUAAAAUAUUCAAAAAUGGAAUUCAGUCCGGAGAUAAUGUACCAACCAUAAAUAAAUUACUGUUCUAUAUUCUUGGUCUAAGAACCCAACUGAUUUUUUAAUUAUUAGUGAUCAGAUUCUACAUGCAUGCUGCAUUAUGUGUAAUUUGGGCAAAAUGCCUUGUAAAGGACUUAAUUAUGUGCCAUAUUUUUUUUUUAUUUUUAAUUGUUGAUUAAACAUUGAUGAUUCGAAAUUUUGCGAGGUUUUCGUUUUUAAUUUAUUUUUAAUUCAUUUUAGUUGAUUAUGCCGUAUUUUAACGAAUUGUUUUGCGUUUUCAAGUCAAUUAUGGUGCGCCCGAGCAUGUUAAAUAUGUAUUAAGGCCUCUUUACACUGACAGAUAUUUUUAUGUGUACAACAGACAUAGACAAGUUUUUUUUUUAUUAUUUUUAAUUUGUUUCGUUAGAAAAAUAAGUCGGAAUACCAACAUUGAGAUAUCUUUUAAUGUAAUGAGGCCGUAGAUAUAAGUCUCAUUUCGCGAUGUAUGACGUGUAUAACGUACAUUAUAAGAGGUUGACGAAUAGAUCAAGUGUAUGAGUUUACAAUGAAACUAAUAAAUGGAGUAUAAAUA